UUAGGGUUAGGGUUAGGGUUAGGGUCACAAUGCGCAAAACCAGGAGGUUGAGUCCGUACCCCCGGGAGGGACUAGUCCCGUACGGACGUGACGACACUAUGAGUAUGACGUCAUUGAGCGACGAAACAAGCUUUCAUCCUCUUACCCAACUGCAUGAUCUGAGGAAUCUGGUAGAAAUCUCAUGUCAACCCGAUCACGGAUCAGUACCAAAAUGGCACGACUGCAUCAUUUACAUCCAAAGCGCCCCGGACAGGCUAUCCCAUUCCCAAAGAAUUUAAACCGGCCACAGUUUAAUUAUGUGUAUACCCAACCCACUACAAAGGUUCAUUUUGAGGAGGUAAUAGGGGAUCUGUUUUCUUCACCAGACUCUACUUCUCUGGCUCAUUGCAUUAGCGAAGAUUGUGCUUGCAGUAGAGGAAUUGCUUUAGAGUUCAAGAACAGAUUUGCUGGCAUUUCAGAGUUAAGAAAACAAGGAAAAGAGGUAGGGGAUAUAGCAGUGGUAAAGGAUGGCAACCGCUACCUAUACAACAUGGUUACCAAAAAGAAAUUCUGUGACAAACCAACAAUUGAGGAUCUAGAGAAAUGUCUUGUGCAACUCAGGAAUUGCUGUAGGCAGGAUGGUGUUACCAAUCUUGCCAUGCCAAAGAUCGGUUGUGGUCUGGAUGAACUUAAAUGGUUCAAUGUUCGCCUUAUGAUACAAAAUGUGUUUGAACAAGAAAGUAUAAAAAUAACAAUUUGUAGUCACUGAUGCCUGGUGACAAACCAGUUCGUUAGCUGAUUUCGUGAUUGAAGUUGCUGGUAAUAUGUCACCUAAGCUUCAUAUUAGUAAUUGUGUAUAUAUGUGAUUAAAGCUGAUUCCUUAUUAAUUAAUAUGUAUUAUGCUGUCCAGCCUAGUUCAAUUAGUUUCAUUCAAGUUUGGUAGCACCCCUUGGAGCUGUUCCAUUUAAACAUUUAGUGAUUCCUUUAAGAACCGACCGUCUUUUGCAGCGAUCUUUUCUAAUAUACUGCUCUGCCCCUGUAUAAUAACUUGGUUUGUUAAGUGCGUUUUUAAUAAUGUAUUAGGUGCUAUACAGGCGGUAGUUACCUGUGCUUUUUGUUUUUGGAUUUUUACGUGUGUGUAUUGUAGCGACGUCGUUGUGAGGCGAGGAAGGGAAUAAACACUGUCAUUGAUAGACGA